AUGGUGAAGACAGGUGUGGAAGGCGUGAAAUAUCUUGAUUUGUUGAAAUAUGUUGAAAGCACAAUUCUUGACCAAGUGAAGGAGAAACUUGUUUGUGCAUGGACCGACCAGGCUCCGAUAGCGCAAAGUGGAUGCACAAUUGUGAAAAACUACGGUCUCCCAUAUCCUUGUCUUAUUGCAAAGAAGGUGAAACUUGAUAGUGUGUUGAGAAUGAAUGAAGUUCGCAGUUAUUGGAAGAUGUUUAGGUUUGAUGAUGGUGGUGUCAUGAAAGACAGUAAAUCAAACAUGUCUAUCUUGAACGAAUGGGAAACUCACCAACUCCAAAAUCUCAAAAAAAGUGUUUUUAAAGGAGUUCGCAUUAGAAAAUCACCUCCUUCACCGCCUCCACAAAAGAUUCCAUUCAUUGACGGGAUGUUGAUUUUUAUGCAUAAAUACAUCAAAGGGAUCAUCAAUGUUAAGGGUGAUGAUAAUUACGGUUAUCGAGCUGUUUCGAAUUUACUCGGUAAAGGAGAAGAUAAUCAUACACCUGUCCUCCAUCAACUUAUCCAUGAGUUGAAAACUCAUAAAGAAUCAUACACACGUCUUUACAGGAAGAAAGAAAACUUCGAUGCAAUUUAUGAGACUUUUGUUCCUUGCAUUAGUGGACCGACACUGAAGGAAAAAUGGACGUGCUUCCUUGAAAUGGGUCACCUUAUAACAUGUGUAUAUGAUAUAACGUGUAUUGAUCUUACACGAUACGGUUUUUCAGAAACCCUUUUCCCACUACGCACCACCCCACCUCAAAAUCCAAAUGAUCAUAUUAUUUGUAUCUGGUGGCUUUCAAAAUCAUGGCACUUUGGUCAACUUUACUUGAAUCCGGGAUACCCUAUACCACUUACAUCACUGGAGUGGACAUCUCAUUCAACAACAAAAUCCGAGACUUGGCCGAAUCAAUUUGUGGAAAGGAUGCAAGAGUUCGAGAAAUUGAGCAACAUUGAAAUAGAAUCAAAUGCACAAAAGUAA